AUGGGGCCAUCCCAGGGGCCAGGAGCUGCGAUUGGCAUCUCUGCGAGGCCGAAGGAGCAGCCCCGGCAGGAGCACCCAGGGCCAGUGGGCACCAGCGUGCUCAUCGGGAUACCUCUGGCAAUUCGGUUUCUUCACGGGUGCCGCUGGGACGAGGGGCAGAAGGUGCUCAAGAGAGUCGGUGCUGUGCCUGUGUGGGUGGGAGAGGGAGGGGCUGCAGAGUUGAGGCUGGUGGAUGGCGGCAGCCGCUGCGCUGGGAGAGUGGAGGUGGAACACGAGGGACAGUGGGGCACUGUGUGUGGUGUCAUCUGGAACUUCAAAGCUGCUGCAGUGGUUUGCAAACAGCUGGGAUGGUUCAGGCUGGUGAACGGCAGCACGGCGUGCGAGGGGAGGGUGGAGCUGCACGUGCAGGGGACCUGGGGCAGCCUCUGUGCCUCCCGCUGGCACCUCUCCGACGCCCACGUCCUCUGUGGUCACCUGGGCUGUGGCUUUGCCGUGUCCCUUCCCAGAGGAGGGAGUUUUGGGAGAGGAACGGGCCCCGUCUGGAGAGACUCGUUCCACUGCAGUGGGACUGAAGCCCACCUGGGACAGUGCCCAGUGACCGUGCUGGGGGCCUCCCCGUGCUCCCAUGAGGAUGCUGCUGCUGUCAUCUGCUCAGGCCCCGCUGGCUCCGGGUCCCUGCGGCUGGUCGGGAGAGGGAGCCGGUGCGCCGGGCGAGUGGAGAUCUUCCAGCGCGGGACGUGGGGCAGAGUCCUGUCUGAGCAGUGGGACGUGGCGGAGGCCCGUGUGGCGUGUCGGCAGCUGCGGUGCGGAGAGGCAGAGACGGCCUACAAGCCGCCCAAGGCCGAGCGAGGGACGGGCCCCGUGGGGCUGCGAGGGGUGCGGUGCCAGGGGCACGAGGCACAGCUGAGCCUCUGCAACGUCUCCUGGCCGGCAGCGGGGGUCGUGGAGGACGUGGGGGUGGUUUGUGAGGGGAGCCGGCGCGUGCGGCUGGCGAACGGGCCCGGGCGCUGCGCCGGGAGAGUGGAGAUCUACUCCCAGGGCAGCUGGGGCAGCGUCUGCGACGACGGCUGGGACCUGCCCGAUGCCGCCGUCGUGUGCCGGCAGCUGGGCUGCGGAGGGGCCGUGCGGGCGCCGGGCUCUGCCGCCUUUGGGGAGGGCUCCGGGCACAUCUGGCUGGACAGCGUCAACUGCUCCGGGGCCGAAGCCGCUCUCUGGGACUGCCCAGCCGGGCCCUGGGGGCGGCACGACUGCGGGCACAAAGAGGACGCCGGAGCCGUCUGCUCAGAGUUCACGGCCCUGAGGCUGGAGAACAGCGACGGCUGCUCCGGGCGCCUGCAGGUUUUCUACAACGGGACUUGGGGCAGCGUUUGCUCCAACUCCAUGACCCCCAAAACGGUGUCACUGGCGUGCGAGGAGCUGGGCUGCGGGAAGGAAGGGACUCUGGAUACACAAGGGCCAGGGGGCAGAGUGUCUGUCCCCGCCUGGCUGGACCGUGUGGAGUGUGAGGAGAGACACGGCUCCUUCUGGCUGUGUCCCUCCGAUCCCUGGAACCCGCGGUCGUGCGACGUGCUGCGAGAUGUGACCCACAUCACCUCCCGUGGGACACGGCCCGAAAUGACCCCAACCCCGGGCUCCCCGUGCCCCAACGCCACGAGCUGCACAGACAGGGAGAGGAUCCGCGCCGUGGGAGGAGAGGACGGCUGCUCGGGCCGGGUGGAGCUGUGGCACCGCGGCUCCUGGGGGAUGGUGUGCGACGACACGUGGGACGUGCGGGAUGCCGAGGUGGCCUGCAGGCAGCUGGGCUGUAGGCCCGCCGUGGCCGCCCUGCCCGAGGCUGCCUUUGGGGAGGGCACGGGCCCCAUCUGGCUGGAGAAGGUGGAGUGUCGGGGCACAGAGGCGGCUCUGCAGCACUGCUGGGCCUGGCCCGGGGACCGCGGGCUCUGCCGGCACAAGGAGGACGUGGCCGUGCGCUGCGCGGAUCCCACUCGGGGCCACCCGACCAGCAGCAGAAGUGUCUCGUUGCCAAUCAUCAUGUGCAUGAUCCUGGGAGCCCUUGUCUGCCUGCUGCUGGCCCUCCUGGCCUGGAGAGUGCUCAGCGCCAGGGCUGAGCGCAGAGGCUCCCAGACAGCCCUGGAGCCCUUCCCUGAGGCAGUGUACCAGGAGAUCAGUUACAGCCCAGUGUGGGAGGAGCAGGCGAGAUUUAACCCAUCAGGCUCCUAUUCGGAGGGGUCCCUGACCAAGCUGCAGCCCCAUCACAUGGACAGCGAGGAGGAAGAUGGUCUGGGGUCAGCACGAGAAUGCUGGAGCUACGACGAUGCCCAAGAGGUGUCCCUGGCACAUCCCCCUGAGGACAGUGAGGCCGUGACACCGCAGCUCAGGGCACAAGGGUGGCCCAUCCCCGGGCCAGGAGAGCCCGUCACUGCCGCGGGGCUGGGAGCAGCUGGGAGGGAGGAGGGAGCUGUGCGGCUGGGAGAGCCCUGA